AUGUCAACAUCCCCCCAGCCGCGCAUCACGCCCGACACGUUUCUCCACACUGUUUCCCUGCAGAAGAGCAGGUCGGGUCCCAUCCCGUCUUCGUCCCCGGUCACCAUUUUCAUGAUCUCAGGGAAUCCGGGACUAAUCGGAUACUACCAUACCUUCCUGUCGCUUCUUGCUGACAAACUGGGUUCGCGCGGCGCGCAGAUUCAGAGCCGUAGCCAUGCGUGUGAGUUUCAGAUCUACGGACAUAGCCUGGGUGGGUUCGAGCUCGACCAGCGCGGGAAUCUAGAUGCCGGGAAGCGCUUGUUUGAUCUUGAGGACCAGAUCUGCUAUGCCCAGGGGAAGCUUGAUGGGUUCCUUACGGGGGCGGAGACUAAACAGAAGGUCAUUCUUGUUGGUCAUUCGGUGGGCGCUUAUAUCGCUAUGGAGAUUCUGAGGAGACAUGGGGAGAGGUCAGAUGCUAAAGCUGGGGUUGGAGCUGAUAAGGCCGAUUUCGAUAUCGUUGGCGGGAUUAUGCUCUUCCCUACUGUCGUGGAUAUCGCCAAGUCGCCUUCCGGGCAGAAGUUGACGCGAUUGCUCUACUUUAUACCCCAGCUGGCACUAGUCGUUGGCUUUCUGGCCAGGGUUCUGGCAACGUUACUUCCAGGCAAUCUGCUGCGUGGUCUAAUCAAGAUUGUUAUGGGGUCGCCACCGAAUAGUGCGGUUGAGACAACCGCGGCGUUUAUCCAGAGCAAACGUGGCGUUAGACAAGCUUUACACAUGGCCGCUGACGAGAUGCGGACCAUCACCUCGGACAAAUGGAGCGAUGAUGUCUGGGGUGUGUCGACGGCCAACGAGCCGCUAACUCGGUUGUUCUUCUACUUUGGGCGAAAUGACCAUUGGGUUGCGGAGCGGACGAGGGAUGAGAUCAUUGAGCUUCGAGGGCGUAUAGAAGGUGGGCCGACGAUGUCGGUUUGCGAGCUUGGGCUGCCGCAUGCGUUUUGCAUAAGACAUAAUGAUAUUAUGGCGGAGAAGGUGGCUGAUAUGAUUCUGGAUAUUGUAUCGGCUUGA